AUGGCCAAAAGCAAAAAUCAUACUAAUCAUAAUCAAAAUCGAAAGGAUCAUCGUAAUGGAAUUAAGCGGCCAAAAUCUGAACGAUUUCCAUCAUUAACUGGAGUUGAUUCAAAGUAUGUUCGUAAUUUAAAAUUUACCAAACAUCAUAAUCAUGUUGCACGUAAAAAUUUACGUAAAUCACGAAAAGCUAAAUUAGCUAGUGCUGAAGGUUCAACAAGUAAAACAGUUAGACGUGGACCUGCUCGUCAAACAGAACAAAAAACAUCAGUAUGGUCACUUUCAUCAGUAUUAAAAAAUAUUACAACUUAUUUUACUGGAGAAACAACAGUACAACCAACAAAAAAACGUACACAUUCAAAAAGAAAAUCAACUAAAUCUGCUACUAGUUCAACAACAACCGCAAAAAAAUAA